AUGAUUGACGACAUCAAUGCUCUUCGCGCCGCCCGGGCCGUUAUUCAAUCUCGCGAUGCCGUCGCCGCUCUUCACAGCCGGGGCCGCACAGGGAAGGCAAAGCCCUCGCCGCCCCUUUCCCUUCGAGCCGCAGAGACGAAGUUUCGCGUGAGCAAGUCUCACAUCGGCCGCGCCGUUCAGCAGCUCCUCGGACAACGCGAUCGUGGCCCUAGCGGCCGCAAGCCCCUUCUGAACGAUAAUAAAGACGAUGCCCUCCGACGCGAUCCCGAUGCUAUGCCUCCUUCCGACUCUUGGUAUAAGCGAUGGAUUGAAGCCCACGGAGAGCUUCGAAAGACUAUAAUCAAGGCUAUCGAGAAGGCUAGGCGUGCCGUUGAGGCUAGCAGCAUCGAGAACAUCGUGUCUUUCUUCUUAAGGCUGCGGGAGAUCAUACAAGACUAUAACCUCGGCGCCUCGGAUAUCUGGAAUGAAGACGAGUGCGGUAUCCGCAUUGGCAGCCUUCGGGAACGCGUUUCUGUGGUUAUCAUGAGAGCCACUCGUCAUAACCGUCCCCAGGUGACUGACCCGGGCGAUCGUGAGUCUUGUACGCUCAUCGGCGCCGCCAACGCUAUAGGAGACGUGAUGUCUCCUUGGCUGAUCUUCAAGACCUUUCCCACCGAGUCCUGGGCCUCGAUCGAUGGCCCUGAAGAGCUACGAUUCGUACGAACCGACACUGGCUUUAGCAACGCUGAAGUUACACUCGAAUGGGUCCACCACUUCAACAAGGUCUCGUGGGUUAUGUCUUCAAAGGCUUAA